GCUAGUGCUAGGUUUCGAUUGAGCGGGAGGACCUUCUGGGCGCUGUUACUUCACUUUCCCAGAAAAUGAAACUGAAGCUGGGCUGUGGUCACGUGACAGGUGGCUCAGUAUAUAGCCAGCUGCCUGGGGACCCUUCCUUUUUCUUCCAGAUCUGCAGGAGCGUUCCCGCCUGGAGAAGACCCAUCCCUGGAGGAAUGGAGUGUCUUUCGUGUGGGCAUGUCUCCAAAGAUGAAGCCCCCAAGUUCUGCAGCCAGUGUGGACAGAGGCUGCUUCCUGCAGCCCCCCUAGCCGAUUCUGAGAACAACAAUCCUGAGGCCAUGCCGGCCCCAGAGGCAGAAAUGGAGCGUGGGCAGGAGCUGAGGGAGGACGGCGGCCCCAAGGUGGCAUCAGACCUUGAGGGAGAGAUGGAGCAUGGACAGGAGCUCAGGGAGGAUGGUGGCUCGCUCUUCUCCCCGGGCUCAAGUCAUCUCCCGCAGGCAGAUCCGGAUGAGCCCCCUUCCAGCGUCUCCUUGGCCUGCCGAAGAGUGAGAAGAAGCAAAAGGAAGAGAGGGAAGAAGAGAAAGAACCAGAAUGCCUCCACUUCCGCAGAGCUGGACUCCUUGUUGGAGGCCUCCUCCAUCCCCAGUAGUGUCAGCUCGCUUGCAGACCCCAGCUUCCAGGACUCAGCCCCACCCCAGAGCCGGGCUCCGCAAGGUGGUCCGACCCGCCAGCCGAGCCAGCCCCCGGGUGCCACCCCGACGCCACCAGAGGGUGGUGACCGCCCAGAGCCCGUGGGGCAUGUCGAGGCUGGUGGCAGCCCUCUGCAGGACCAGCCCGGGGGAGGUGCCCUCCUGAACGGGAAGAACCAUGACACCCCCGAGCCCUCCCAGGGCAGAGGCCCCCCCCAGGAGCGGGCUGGUGCAGCCACCUCUGCCAGCAAAGACUGUCCUGGCAAGGAAGGUGCUGCUCAGGAGCUUCUGCCGCCUGAGUCCAAGCAGGGCUCUGAGCCCAGGAAAGAACCACAGACUGCCGCGCAGCAGGCUGGGGCCCGUGCCUCUGGGGAAAUUGCUGCUGCAGCCCAGCCGGCUGAGCCCGUGGGAGGGGCUGGGGAAAAAGUGAAAGCCAAGACUCAGAACAAGAAACAGCCGCCAGCAAGCGCCCCUGCUUCCCCAGAACACCGCCAGGAAGCUGAAACCAAGAAGACAGCCAUUACUGGAGACAAAGCAGGUGGAAGUGAGAAGGCCAAGCCAGAGGGUCCGAAGAAGCCAGAAGGGAAUAACAAGAGUCGUGUGGCCGCGGUGAAAAAUGAGAAGGAGCAACAGAACCGCAAAGCCGGAGCAUGUGAAGUGAAGGAGAGCCCACUGAGUCAGCAGGAGAGAAUCACGGUGUACUUCCAUGCAAUCAUCUCUAAGGAUUUCAGCUUCGACCCCAGCCUCCACAAAGUGUUUGUCAAGGGGGGAGAAGAAUUUGGGAAGCCCAAGUGGAGUUUGAAGGUCUGUGAGAUGCACUGCACCAAAGACCUGCAUGAGAACGGGUUCCUCGUGGAAGGCAGCGCUGUCCUGUCCCAGCAGCACCUGAAUAAACCCAUUCCUUACAAGUACGUCGUCAUGCGCAGCAAGGGCCACGUGGAAUAUGAGUACAUCUACAAACAUCAGCAGAGUGGCGAGCACGUCAACCGCUGCCUGCGGGUGGUGGCUGCGCUUCUGGGCUCGGGGGGAGUCUGGCACCAGUAUGAUGAUGUGGUUCGUAUGAGGUGCCCGGGGAUGCUUCAGAGGAUGAUGAAUUCUCUGACGGACGGUAUAAGGAAGGACGUGGUGAAGGGGAAGCAGAUCGCGGCCACCAUCAUGCUGGACAGCAUCUUCAGCAUCCUGCAGACCUGGAACGCCAUCAACCUGAAGAGCUUUUUCACCCAGUUCCAGCAGUUCUAUGUUGUCGUGAAAGUGCCCAUGAUCUACGAAGGCCAGGCACAGCCCUGGCACGCUCUGCAGUACGAUGAGAAGGAGGUGAAGAGAAACCUGUGGGAGUAUUUGAAAAAACAAGCGGUGCCAUUUCUGGAAAGAAGUGGGGGCCCUCUGCCUGAAGACAGCCCAGUGAGGAGUAAAUUGAGAAUGGGCCUGAUUAUCCUUUUUGCAGUGGAAAAAUUUGACAUUCCCUUAUCAGAGAAUGACCUGAUGUUGCUCUGUAGCCUUCUUUGCUCAAACACCGGUUCACCAGGUGACCUUGACAGUGACCUAAGGCACAUCUUUGGAAUAUGUGACAGCUGGCGAGAGUUCUUGGUCAACUUGUGCCGACGGUGCAUAGUGAAAACAGUGGACCUCUGGGUGCUCACCCUGCCCGUCUUGCACCACUGUCUGCUGUCAUCCCCUCAAGGAAGGGACUGCAGGAAGCAGCCUGAGGACACCUGGGCGGCCCUGGAAGGAAUCCCCUUCUCUGAGUUUCGGGAAAGAAGGCUAGAUCAGACACAGUUAGUUCAGCUCAUGGGAGAGCAGAGCCAUUUGCUGUAUGUAGAUGCGUGUCUGUUCCGGUCCUGGUUCAGUCUGCUGCCUCUGAGCAACUUGGUUUCCUAUAUGAAGAACCUCAUGGACUAUCUGAGUCACUUCCCAGCUUGCAUCCUGGACUGCCUUCUAGGGACGUGGUACCGGCUUCAAGAGUUCACAGAAGUCUUUGGCAAAACUCUGGAGAACAUUGAGGAAAUGUUUCAAAUGCUGUUGCACCUCCUGGAUAUUUAUCAGGACAAGAUUCUUGAGGAGCCCUUGAUAGAGUCCUACUUGACUGUGUGCCUGAGACUUCAUGAAACUAUCUGCAGAAUCACAAAAGACCAAAAGUUUUAUGAGCUGCCUGCCUUAUCUGCUGAGAUUGUUUGCAGAAUUAUUACACUUAAGCCUCUAGUGCAGGAUUCAGCCGAAGGGCCGAGAAAGGAAGCCGGGAAGGUUUCUGUGCAAACAGUGUUCCAGUCGACGGUCACCCGGACAAGAGUUUGGCUUCAGGACAUUUUCCGGGAGAGCAUCUUUUAUCACUUCUACUUGUCACCUGUCAUGUUCAGAUACCAGGAGGAAAUCAAGGUCUGGAGACGGCUGGCGGAAAUAAGCUUCCCCGUGGAGUAUGGCUGGAAGGAGUUCUUGAUGGGAGACUUGGAAGGGAGAAUCAAACAGGAGAAGCCUCUCGUCCAGAUCACCGCCUUCUGCAGCCCGCACUGGGAUGCCACAGGCCUAGAGGACAGCGUGUCGAAAUGCUUCGAGAAGUGUGUCAUUGAAGCAGUGAGCUCAGCCUGCCGGUCUCAGACCAGUAUUCUUGAGAGAAUCUCUUCUCAUGACCUGCGGAAAUUUGGCACUCUUGUGUCGGCUGUGAUCACUAAGUCCUGGCCGAGAAACAACGGGGAGGCCGUGGAUGACCUGGAUGAGGUUUUAAAGCACCUGCUCACAUGGCCGGACAUCAAGCAUCUCUUCAGGUUGUGUGGUACGUCUGUGUGGGGUGCUGGGAACGCUUGCUCUGUCUGCUUGUGUCUGCCCGACCCCCGGGGUAGGGGAACAGACUAUGACCUGGUACUUCAUUAGGAUGUGUUGAUGUUCGACAAAGGAAGCA